GUUUUGGUGGACGUUGUGAUUUUGAGCAGGGGGCGCGCGACGGGAGGGAAAAAUAAUAAUUCGGAGCAUGCGCAGUAGCGUCGUUCUCGUCACUCCGAACUUUCGGGAGAACCGCGGAGGAAGAAGAGGAGGGAGAGAACAGCGCCAUUUUAUAUCCUGGUAACCGUUUCAACACGCACGCACCGUUACAAACACCGCACGGCGGCGGCCCUUUGCAGUCGGUGGGACUCCUCGGGUUGGUUCAGGACGAGGCGGCCCAGGAGGGAGGUGAAGUCGGACUGAGCUGUAGAGGGCCGUCUGAAGGUGGAGGAGUCGGAGUGGACAGGGUGGAGGUGCAGCCAUGUCGGUCUCGUGGCGUGACGACGACGAGGAGUUCAGGGUGGGAGGAGUGAGAGCAGGGCUGAAGUCCAAACCGAGGUUCUCCUUCACGGAGGUCAAACUGCUGCUGGAGGCGGUGAAGAGGAACAGAUACAUCAUCCUCAGGAAGUUCAACCACGGCGUGUCGGCUGAAACGAAGAAACAGACGUGGGCGGAAAUCACAGACCAGAUCAACGGACUGGGAGAGAACCACAGAGAGGUGCGUCAGAUCAUGAAGAAAUGGGCCGACCUCAAAUGUGACGGGAAGCGACGCAUCGUGGCGCUUCGGGGCCCGAACGGCAGCAACCUGAGGAAGAAGAACCUCGGCCCCGUGGAGAGGAUGGUCCACAAGAUCCUCAUGAUGAGUCCGAGAGGAGACCGCGACAGCGAUCUGGAGCUCGGUGACGACGACGACUUUCCAAAGCUUUACAACAAAGGCCCGCCCUCCUCCAACCCUCCGACCUACUCCUACCUCAGCCUGACGGACAGCUCGUACUCUUUACCCGGAGGAGCCUCCUUCGACAUCUCUCCUCUGUCCUCACCGGAGAAAGAACUCGGCGGCGAUCCUUUCCAUUCCUCGUCUGAGUUUGACCUGGACAUGGCCGACGACGGAGAACAAACGAUGGACUUUGACGAAAACGACGACUCCUCCCUGUUCUCCUCUUACCCUCCCUCUGCCCCUCCACCCUCCUCCACUACCAACAACACCUCCCUGGACCCGCUCCCUGACGACGCCCUGCUGAGGGUCAAGCCGGUCCACACCUACUCCCGAAACAGCAGCCAGAACCACACCACCACCACCACCACCACCUCGUCCAGACCUCCAACCGGACCCUCCACCUCCUCUGACUUCCCCUCGGCAUCUGAUGCAGACGCUGCCUCGUCCUCUGUUGCGCCUCCUCCGUCGCAGUCUCCCACAGGCUCCUCCUCCUCCGCCCCCGCUACUUUCUCCUCAAAAUCAGCCAAUGACUCUACCUCUGAACCUGCGCCCUCCACCUCCUCCUCCUCCAUCCCACCACCUCCUGCUCCUACUGUCGCUGUAUCCUCUUCUUCGGUUACCCCGACCACAACCUCCGCUCCCUCCUCCAUCUCUAAUCAACCGUCUACUUCCUCCUUAGCUCCCCCACCCACUCAUCCCUCCACCUCCUCAGGCUCGAACAACCCAUCCGACCCGCUCCCAGCCGGAGCGUCCUCCCGCCGAGCCCACGACCACGUGGCCCAGAUGGCCUCCCAGAGCCUGCAGCAGCAGCGGGCCAGCAGGAUGCUCCUGACGUCGGUGUCGCAGUCUCUGGAGGUGUUGGCUCAGUCCGUCCAGCUGCUGGUGGAGAGCCAGCAGGAGUUUGUCCAGGAGUCUCUGCUGCUGCAGCGGGAGACGGUGGACAUCCUGAGGGACUUCUCCAACACGGCGCUGACCAUGCUGAGAGACAAAGCUAACAGCGGACAGGUGGCGGCGCAUCAUCCUCACUCCGCCGCACGCUUCUGAAAAAAACUGACACCAACAAACUAACCACGAGACGGGUGCAGGUCAACGUCGGGAGUCGACUUCACGACUGCCGGACAAAGCGUCCGGCACAAGGACGUGCGGUUUCAUCGUAGGCCGGUCGUUCACGUUUUAUUUCUGUACUUCCUGUUUGUGGCGAUCUCGCCACCAGGUGUGUCGAUCUACUGAAGUUAACCCGCCCUCCCGCACACGGACUGACUGAAGUAAUCAGAGCUGUUACUCACGUACUAAUACUACACUGUAAAAAUACUGUAAUGUAAGGUUGGUUACUACUCGAGUACUUGUUUGGGCGUAUGCAAGUACUCGCAGAUUGACGAGUUAUCAGUUCUUCAAUGUUGAUUAAGACGUCAGAGAAGAUCAGAACAGAAAUGUCGACUUGUGUUGAACGCCGUGGACGGACAGAGCUUCACGUCUGUGGACGUUUGUCUUCACGUCAGCUGUCGGACAGUUGAACCACUCACUGACCUUUUGGUUCAUUUCAGACUUCAUUGCGAGUACUCGAGUAUGAAAGUGACAUAAAGGAUUACCCAGAAGCCCACGGUGACUGUUUGUUUUGUCUGACCGACAGUCGAAAGCUGAAUUAUUUUAAAUAAAGUAAAAUAAAAACAGAA